AGUCAAGAACCCAUAACGGCAUAGCCAAUGAACAGCAGAAAACUGCAACUUCAACUUCAACUCCAACUCCAACUUCAACUUCAACUUCAACUUCACUUCUCCGUUCCAACACUCGCUAUGUUCCUUCUUAAGACAUGGAGACAAACAGCUUUUGGAGUUUUUGGCUACCUUAAUUUCACCAAAGCUGGUUUCCUCGAUCAUUCUAAGAGAUUCAAACCAGAGGAAAUGGAAGUACAAUUACCUGGGAAGAAUUGCAUUGUUACAGGAGCUAACUCUGGAAUUGGCUACGCAACAGCAGAGGGUCUUGCCAAGCGUGGUGCAACUGUCUAUCUUAUAUGUCGUAAUAAGGAUAAAGGAGAGGCUGCUCUAUCUGAUAUUCAAACUAGAACUGGCAAUCAAAAUGUAUAUUUGGAGAUUUGUGACCUUUCUUCAGUCAAUGAGAUCAAGUCAUUUGCUUCCAGGUUUUCAAGGAAGAAUGUGCCAGUUCAUGUGUUGGUUAACAAUGCUGGCUUGCUUGAGCAAAAUCGAGUUACCACAUCAGAAGGGUAUGAGUUGAACUUUGCUGUAAAUGUGUUAGGCACAUACACCAUGACAGAAUUGAUGGUACCGUUACUGAAGAAAGCUUCUCCAGAUGCACGUGUCAUUACAGUUUCUUCUGGUGGAAUGUACACUGCUCCCUUAACCAAUGAUCUACAGUAUUCCGAGAGCAACUUUAAUGGAGUUGAACAAUAUGCUCGAAACAAGCGUGUUCAGGUUGCACUAACAGAAAAAUGGGCUGACACAUACAAGAACAAAGGUAUAGGAUUUUACUCAAUGCACCCAGGUUGGGCUGAGACUCCUGGGGUUGCUAAGAGUUUGCCCAGCUUCUCUAAAACGCUUUCAGGGAAGCUUAGAACAAGUGAAGAAGGUGCGGACACAGUCAUCUGGUUGACAUUACAACCAAAAGAGAAACUGGUAUCAGGAGGAACAUACUUCAAGGAUACUGAUUAGAGGGUGAACAAAAGAAUGGGCUCUAUCUUUUCAAGGAAGUACGAAGAGUGAAAGCCUACAAAAUUGAUGGAAUGCGUUUGAUAAAUUUGUGGCACAAGUAUUUGGAACAUCCUUUCUUAAAGAUUACUUAGUUGACACCUGUAGUUAGUAAACAUAAAGAUUGCAAUACGAUGAAUAAGACAUGUGAGGUUUGUUUUAAAGCCAAAAUAAUUAUAGAAAAGUUUCCUUUAAGUGAAUAUAAAUCUAGUGAAGUUUUUAAUUAAUUCAUUGUGAAUUACGAGGAGCAUAUAGAACUCCUUCCACUGAUGUUGCAUUUUAUAUUCUGACAAUAGUUGAUGACUAUUUUUUUACUAUAUGGAUCUACUUAUUAACUAAUAAACGAGAAGGACCAUAAAUGCUU